GGUGGCUGGAAGAGGCGGGCUCGCUUUGCGGCAGGGCUGGCCUGAUGCAAUCGGCUUGCAACUCCACGUCAGAACCGCAGAGCUGAGCGAGGAACGAGCUGCCGGGUCAGCCGCGCCCAGCCUUCCGGGGGACCCUUUCCCAAAGCCACCAUGUCGGAGAUCAUCCUGGAGAAAACGGACAGGCUGAGCCUGGGAGAGGUUUACGUAUCUGAUCGAGAAGGCUGUGACAGCACUGGUGAUGGGACACAGGAGAAACCUUUCAAAACAGCUUUGCAGGCUUUGAUGUCUACUGGAAAGGAACCAUUUCCUACUAUCUAUGUGGACUCACAAAAAGAAAACCAGAGAUGGGACACUAUCUCCAAGAGCCAACUCAAGAAUGUGAAAAAGCUGUGGCAGAGAGAGCAGCAGAAGAGUGAAGCCAGAGAAAAGAAAGAGGCAGAAGAUUUGUUGCGACGUGAAAAGAACUUGGAGGAAGCAAAGAAAAUUAUCGUUAAGAAAGACCUCAGCCUCCCGGAGCCCAAAUGUGUGAAGAUUCGUACGCUGGAAGCCUACAGAGGCGAGAGAAUAAAGGUGUUUGGUUGGGUCCAUCGAUUGCGUAGGCAGGGGAAAAACUUGAUGUUUAUUGUCUUAAGAGAUGGCACAGGCUUCCUUCAGUGUGUCUUGUCAGAUGAACUGUGCCAAUGUUACAAUGGUGUGGUCCUUUCAACUGAGAGCAGCGUUGCUGUAUAUGGCACCCUCAGUCUGGUUCCUGAAGGCAAGCAGGCUCCAGGAGGUCACGAGCUGAGUUGCGACUACUGGGAACUCAUUGGUCUGGCUCCAGCCGGAGGAGCCGAUAACCUGGUCAAUGAAGAGUCGGAUGUAGAUGUGCAGCUCAACAACCGGCACAUGAUGAUCCGGGGGGAAACCUUGAGCAGAAUCUUAAAGGUGCGCUCCACCGUCAUCCAGUGCUUCCGAGACCACUUCUUUGACCGCGGAUAUUAUGAAAUCACCCCACCAACCCUGGUUCAAACGCAGGUAGAAGGAGGAUCAACCCUCUUCAAAAUGGAUUAUUUUGGCGAGGAAGCUUAUCUGACACAGUCAUCCCAGCUAUAUUUGGAGACCUGCAUCCCAGCCUUGGGGGACACUUUCUGCAUUGCCCAGUCCUACCGAGCAGAACAAUCAAGGACACGCAGGCACCUCUCUGAGUAUACUCACAUUGAAGCGGAGUGCCCUUUCAUGAGCUAUGAAGACCUGCUGAACCGUCUGGAGGAUCUCGUCUGUGAUGUGGUGGAUAGGGUCCUCAAAUCCUCAGUGUCUGACCUAGUGUAUGCCCUCAAUCCGAACUUUGAGCCUCCCAAGCGCCCCUUCAAACGGAUGAACUACACAGAAGCCCUGAUCUGGCUCAAAGAACAUGAGGUGAAAAAGGAAGAUGACACCUACUACGAGUUUGGAGAGGAUAUCCCAGAAGCUCCAGAGAGACAGAUGACCGAUGCUAUUAACGAACCAAUCUUGCUGUGUCGAUUUCCUGCUGAGAUUAAAUCCUUCUACAUGCAGCGCUGCCCCGAGGACGCCCGUCUUACUGAAUCUGUUGAUGUGUUGAUGCCUAAUGUUGGUGAAAUUGUGGGAGGUUCCAUGCGUAUUUGGGACAGUGAAGAGCUACUGGAAGGUUACAAGAGAGAAGGAAUUGAUCCCACCCCUUAUUAUUGGUAUACAGACCAGCGUAAAUAUGGCACAUGUCCUCAUGGUGGUUACGGGUUAGGCCUGGAGCGAUUCCUUACCUGGAUUCUGAACAGACACCAUAUCCGAGAUGUAUGCCUAUACCCUCGCUUCGUUCAGCGAUGCAAACCCUAAUCAAAAGUUUCUUGAUGGACAAAGUCUAUCCAACCUUAAGCAGUUUCCUCCUCAUGGUUUCAUGUCUCUGUCCCACAAAUACGUACAGAUGUUGUUGUUUUUUUCCCAAAUGAAAUUAAUUGCUUUGAAUUGGAAUUUAAAUUCCAGACUACUGAUUCCAGAAAUGUCUUCCCCUCUGAUUGUCUCAACCUGGUUUCACUCUCACGUAUUCUUUUAACAUAUUUAAAAUCAUUGAUUGCCGGUGGAAGCUAGCUGUGGGCUCUACUUCAAGGUCAUAUGAUCUGUAACAACACUUUGUAGCCCUGGGCUCUCAGAAAAGUAAAAAGAAAAAAAAAAUGCAAGGCAUUGCAUAAUUUUUAGUAGGAGCUGAAUUCAGGAUUUGAUAUCGGAUUUGGGGAAAAUAAACAUUAGGAAGCAGACUUUGCUGAUGCCAAUACAAAUAGCAGAUAUAAAUUGUGGCCAAAUAAAAUCCUGUGGGAAAAGGACAAUUUUAGCCCAGUUUUGACCCACUACCUUGGGAUCUUAAAAAUAGUCUAUUGAGCUAUCUUGGUAGCAUUCAGUACUUUCCUACGGAUGACUACUAUUUAAGUUCCAGCAUGGCUCAGGAGAACGGUUUCUGUAUUUUACAGCUAAUUAGCUUGUUUUUCAGGAUCUGUGAAUAUGAGUUACGCUAAACGGUUGAUUCAGAAAAAUACUUGACAUCUUUAUUCCCUCCAAAGGAGCUGGGAACUGGCAAUUGAAGAAAGCUGAAUGUAUUGCUAUUACUUUUGAAAUUUCCUAGUCUGCAAGUACUUGGGCCGAGUUGUACUUAGCUUUCCUUUAAAUGUUUUUACUGACAUAGGACGGUUGAAAUGUAAACUGCCUCUGAGCCACCAAAACAAUUAGGAAAAAAAAAUGUAGAAGGAACAUAGGAGAUUCUGGAUUGCCAGCUCUGGCAGCAUUCUUUGAUGUACGUUUUAUCUCAACUUUACAUGUUUCUGUUAACUGCUGUGUCCCCCUUUCAAGAGCUGCAAUCAAUAAAUUCAGAGCAUUGGAGAGGGGAAAAAAUGUUCCA